GGGAGCGGAACGGGGUCCUGCGGCGGGUCCUUCCGGGCGGUGACAUUCAGCGGCCGUGCGGGGCGACGGGACGUCCCUCUUGGAGCCAUGGCCCAGUUCGUCCGUAACCUCGCCGAGAAGGCUCCGGCGCUGCUGAACGCUGCUGUGACUUACUCGAAGCCUCGAUUGGCCACAUUUUGGCACUAUGCCAGGGUUGAGCUGGUUCCUCCAACCCCUGCUGAGAUCCCUACAGCUAUUCAGAGCUUGAAAAAAAUAGUCAAGAGUGCUCAAACUGGUAGCUUCAAACAGCUCACAGUUAAGGAAGCUCUGCUGAAUGGUUUGGUGGCCACCGAGGUGUGGAUGUGGUUUUAUGUCGGCGAGAUCAUAGGCAAGCGUGGCAUCAUUGGCUAUAAUGUUUGAAGACCAAUCUUUAACAUCUCUUUCUAUGUGGCUUAUAAUUUGAGUGUUCUUGGACCAUAUGUGAUCAGACUGGUAUUUGAAUAAAAUAAGAUAAUGUAUCAAAAUCAGUGUUUUCUCUAUCAGAUACUACAUGGAAGGAUCACAGUUUCUCUUAAUAAUAAGAUGGAUUGUCUUUUUGCUUUAAUACAUUAAUACAGCUCUCGGGCAUGUCUUUUGCAUAGCCUAAAAUCAGAAAGGAUGAAGGAUGUAAGAGUAUUUUAUUUCCAGAAUAGAGGAAAGGUCUUGGGAGAACUAGGAUUUGCUACAGUAGGAAAAAUAGCAAUACCACGUGCCAAAGUGAUAUGGUUAAAUCAUGUCUGUGAUAUAAAGAAUAAAAUUUCAGUGGUUUCUUUUUGCUAGAAUCAGAGAUAACACCUGCAUUUAUAAAUGUUAAAGUACUUGGUGGUAUUCUAAGUAAGUAUGACAUCUUUAACACCAGGACAGAGCUACUGAGAGCCACAACCUCCUUUUUAAAUCUAAUUUUGAUAUAUGUUGUAUUACUAAUCUAUUCAGUUUUAUGGUUUUUAGAACCCAUCUUUGCAAAAAUAAAAUACCCUAUGGAUAUUAAAUAGUUAUAAAUUUAGUAUCCUCCAUGGUUCUGAAGCGUACAUUAUACUCUGAAAUAAAUAGAAAUGCUUGCUA